GGCAGCUCGUUAGGAAGGGGGGAUAGGGAAACCGGCGGCGCGCUCCACGCGUUGCUCGGAGCGCGGCGCAACAGACGUGCCAGCGCCGCGGCGUCCAGCGAACUCGCCAACAAUUUUUGUAAGCCGAGCCCACGGGCAGGCAUGGGAAACGGCGGUGGGACUGGUGACAAGAAGCAGACGACGGGGAGGCUGCCGGUCGCGAACCCCCGCGAAGCGUCCGGCUCGAAGCGGCGUCGAAGCCUGCGCGGCGAGGGCAUGGCCGACCGCUUCUUCCCCAACGACUUCCCCGACUUCGUCGCCGAGGCCUCCGGCGGCGACGGCCAGGGGUGCGUCGACCGGCGCGUUGGCCUCCGCGGCCUGCUCUCACUCCCCUACCCCAGGCUCUCCGAUCGUCUCCUCCGCGCCGCGCUCCGGCUCAAGGACAAGGUGGUGGAGGAGACUUGGGGCAAGGCGGGGCGGCAGGUCACGGACUACACGCUCUACACGGGCGCGCUCGGGACGGCGCUCCUGCUGUUCAAGUCCUUCCAGGUCACCGGCGACCGCGGGGACCUCGCCCUCGCCGCCGACAUCGUCCGGGCGUGCGACGCGACGUCGCGGGGCCUGCCGCGCAGGUUCUUAACAUUCAUCUGUGGGAGGGCCGGCGUCUGCGCUCUCGGAGCAGUGAUUGCGAAGCAUUGCGAUGAUCAGCUGAUGGUCACCCAAUAUCUGAGCUCUUUUGAUGAGAUAACGGUCACUGAGAAAGUUCCCAAUGAGUUGUUAUACGGAAGGGCGGGGUACUUGUGGGCUUGUUUGUUCUUGAACAAGCAUCUCAGCGAGAAGACGAUCCCCCUCGAGCACAUUAAUUCUGUGGCAAAGGACAUCAUUAAGGAGGGAAGAAAGCUGUCAAGCAAGGGGAGUAGCCCGCUGAUGUACGAAUGGCAUGGGAAGAAGUACUGGGGUGCUGCCCAUGGUCUUGCUGGAAUCAUGCAUGUACUCAUGCACACCGAACUGAGGCCGGAUGAGCAGGAUGAUGUGAAGAACACGCUGCGAUACAUGAUCAAGAACCGGUUUCCUAGUGGCAACUAUCCCUCAAGUGAAGGCAACGAAUCUGAUCGCUUGGUGCAUUGGUGUCAUGGCGCCCCUGGUGUUGCUCUUACGCUUGCCAAAGCUUAUGAGGUCUUCCAUGAUGAUCAUUUCAAGCAAUCAGCUGCAGAGGCUGCCGAAGUUAUCUGGAACCGAGGUCUUCUGAAGAGAGUCGGAAUAUGCCACGGUGUAAGCGGGAACGCCUAUGUGUUUCUCUCACUCUACAGGUUAACUGGCAAUGCUGACUACCUCUACCGGGCAAAGGCUUUUGCUUGCUUUCUUCUCGAGAAAGCUGAUCGGUUGAUUGCCGAGGGGGCCAUGCACGGUGGUGAUCGCCCAUUUUCCCUGUUUGAAGGGAAGGCUGGGAUGGCAUUCCUCCUUUUGGACAUGGUUAACCCAUCUGAAUCAAGGUUCCCGGCCUAUGAACUUUGAGAUACCCCAUCUGUACGCGUAUCUUGUGAGGCUCGGUGAUCCAUCAGUCCGAAGUAUUUUUGUUUUCUUGUAUACUCUAUAAUGUGUACCUUGGACCUUGGUGGCGCUUGCUAUGUUUGUAAAUUUUAGUGUUCCUGAUGUUGCAAACUUGUUUUGUAAAGUAUAUGUAUGAAGGGGUUCUGGCAAUAAGGACCAUAUUUGUGCCGGAUAA